AUGUCAACCAGAAGCGGACAGCUAGGCUUAGGCCUGGCUCGAAGGAAUGGCAUGGUGGCAGCGCUGCCUCGUCUGUCGGGACAUGAUGCUUAUGUCAGGCACGCUGCCACUCUCCGAGCCUUGUCCACUCUUACAGCCACGCCAACAAGAAGGACGACUUCUCAAGCGACAUUGCAUCUAUCUGUUGGAGAUAUCGCGCUCAGAAGAGGACUGAUACCGGCAAGAAGGGUAGGCCGCAGGAGAAUAGGAGCUCCGCGAUGGUACAGCUCAGAGACCCAGCCUACUACGCCCUCGUCCAGCGGCCCGCCGCCUUUCAAAGGGACCAGCAAUUCAUCUGAGACUCUUCGGAGCGAAACCAAAGCAGCCGCGAGCACUAGCAAACAGGCUGCGCCGAGCAAUGCAGAGGAAGGCGUGUCCGAGAAAGCCGAAGCUGUUGAUCCGCCUGCCAAGAAGGAAAGCUCUUCCAAAGCGGUCGACAAGCCGAAAGCACCUCUCAUGACAAGGAUAUGGACCAAGGUCAAAACUGAGGCAUCACACUAUUGGCACGGAACAAAACUGCUCGGCAAGGAGAUAGCGAUCAGUGCCAGGCUGCAGAAGCGACUACUGCAGGGUCACAAGCUCACUCGGCGUGAGAAGAGGCAGCUCAAGCGAACGACGCAAGACCUGUUGAGAUUGAUACCGUUCUCGGUCUUCUUGAUCGUGCCCUUCAUGGAAUUGCUCUUGCCCGUCGCGCUCAAGCUGUUCCCAAACAUGCUGCCGAGCACGUUCGAAGACAAAUACAAGGAGGAAGAAAAGAAACGCAAGCUGCUCAAGGUCCGACUGGAGAUGGCCAAGUUCCUGCAAGAGACACUCAGAGAGACCGGCAUGAAAUCUGCCGACAAGAUCCGCGAUUCCGAGGAAUUCAAAGAGUUCUUCCGCAAGGUCCGAUCUACAGGAGAAUCGCCCUCGACUACUGAUAUCGUGACCGUUGCUCGCUUGUUCGAAGAAGACCUCACGCUCGACAACCUGUCAAGACCGCAAUUGGUCAGCAUGUGUAGAUACAUGAACAUCAACGCCUUUGGCACAGACAAUUUCUUGCGCUACACCAUCCGAAACAGAAUGGCCAAGCUCAGAAAGGAUGACGAAGUGAUUGACAAGGAAGGCAUAGAGCAUUUGUCGGAUCGUGAGCUAGCACAAGCUUGCCAGUCGAGAGGAAUCAGGACGGGUACGCAUACACCAGAACGACUGCGCGACGAGCUUGGCCAGUGGAUCGAUCUACAUGUCCAUCGCGAAAUGUCCGGCACUCUGUUGAUCCUAAGCAAGGCAUUCAGUUUCAAGGAGGACUCAUCGGGUCAAGGGCAUCUUAUGAGCCUCAAGGAUACUUUGGCCAGCUUGCCAGACUACUUGUUGAGCGAAGCGGAGCUAAAGGUAGCGAGCGAUUCGGCUUCGUACAAGCAACGACUUGACGUACUGAAGCAACAAGAAGAGCUCAUCGAGGACGAGCGCGAACAAGAGGAGCGAGAAGCGGAAGAACGCAAGGCCAAGAAGGAUGCCGAAGAAGCUGCCGAGCUGGAAGCAGAGGAGGCAGAGCGAGAAAAGGCGACUGCCGAGAGAGGACAGGCAGAGGAGAUGCUGCCGGAGCAACAGGUCGAAGCUUCCCAGCCUGACAAGGAGGAUGUCAGAAUGAGCAAGGACCAGGUGCAUGAGCUGGGCGAGGCGCUAAGUAUUCUCUCUGCCAAAUCCAGCGUGCUUGCCGAACGACAGGAUUUGGCGAGGCUCAUGGAAGAGAACAACGAAUCUGGCGAAGAAGCCGAGGAAAACUCUGACAGUGCCUCUGCUUCACUGGCCAAACGUGUCAAGUCGAUGAUUACCAAGAUUGACAAGCAGCUACAGGAAUUCGAUGAAGAAGUGGGCUCGAGGAUGAACUUGAUCAAUAUGGGUCCUGACAACAUGAUCUCUGCUGCCGACCUGCGCAAAGCGCUCAAGGCGAUCAAGCAUACUCCCGACGAUGCUUCCAUCGAUAUCCUCAUCGAAAAGCUCGACGUCGAUCAUGACCAACGCGUACCGCUUGAGCAUGUGCUCGCGCUUGCGCAAGACGAAGGCCUCGGCAUCGUCUUGGACGAAGAGUCGACAGCCCAGUCUGUGAUUGGUCAGAGUCGCCAUCUGCGCGCCAAGAAGGACGAAAAGGGUCCGCGCAAGGAGGACAUUGUCUCUGACGAAUGA